ACUUCAUUUCGUAUUUUGGCCACUGCCUGCCUCCUCUCAAAACUCAAAAGCCAGCCCUCUCCUUUCUUUUCUGUUCCUCUUUAUUAGGGUUUCCGCUUGUUAAAAAGAGAAGCCCCGGGAAAAGUGGCACUGUUGUUUUCAACAAAUGGCUUUCUCUUCUCUCCUUAGAUCUACGCCCACCGUUUAUCUUUCACGCGCCGCCGACUUCUCUUCUUCCUCCUCCGAUCGUCUCAAGGGUUCAUGUGUUGGGUUUAAUCUCAACACUUCAAGCAUUUUUGGUUCUUCGGUCGCGAGCGGGUCUUCUUCUUUACAGAGAUAUGUUGCCAAGAGUAUUCAACCCAUCAAAGCCACUGCUACAGAGCUGCCACCCACAGUUCAAAAAACUCGGAGCAGUGGGAGCACAAAGAUUGGAAUCAAUGGUUUUGGUCGCAUUGGAAGACUGGUUUUGAGAGUAGCAACCUCAAGGGAUGAUAUUGACGUGGUAGCAGUAAAUGAUCCUUUUGUUGAUGCCAAGUACAUGGCUUACAUGUUUAAGUAUGAUUCCACUCAUGGAGUUUUUAAGGGAACCCUCAAGGUUGUGGAUGAAUCCACUUUGGAAAUAAAUGGGAAGCAGAUUAAAAUUUUCAGCAAAAGGGACCCGGCUGAGAUCCCUUGGGGUGUUUAUGGGGCUGAGUAUGUUGUUGAAUCUUCUGGGGUCUUCACAACAAUUGACAAGGCUUCAGCUCACAUAAAGGGUGGUGCAAAGAAAGUGGUAAUAUCUGCUCCAUCAGCUGAUGCACCUAUGUUUGUGAUUGGAGUAAAUGAGAAGACUUACAAGCCAAGCAUGGAUAUUGUUUCUAAUGCCAGCUGCACUACCAAUUGUCUUGCCCCUCUUGCCAAGGUGGUCCACGAGGAAUUUGGUAUUCUUGAAGGUUUAAUGACAACUGUGCAUGCAACUACAGCUACACAAAAAACUGUUGAUGGUCCUUCAAUGAAGGAUUGGCGAGGGGGACGUGGAGCUGGACAAAACAUCAUUCCUAGUUCAACUGGUGCCGCAAAGGCUGUUGGAAAAGUUCUUCCAGACCUCAAUGGCAAGCUUACUGGAAUGGCAUUCCGUGUCCCAACUCCCAAUGUUUCCGUUGUGGAUUUAACUUGUCGACUUGAGAAGAGUGCUUCUUAUGAAGAUGUCAAAGCAGCAAUAAAGUAUGCAUCAGAGGGCCCAUUGAAAGGCAUUCUUGGAUACACAGAUGAGGAUGUUGUCUCUAAUGACUUCGUUGGUGACUCAAGGUCAAGUAUAUUCGAUGCCAAGGCUGGGAUUGGGUUGAGUAAGUCUUUCAUGAAGCUUGUCUCAUGGUAUGACAAUGAGUGGGGAUACAGCAACCGAGUUCUGGAUCUGAUAGAGCAUAUGGCAUUAGUUGCAGCCCACCACUAAAUAAAAUUACUAAAGAUGUUUGCUGUUGCUAGCAAUUGAUGCACAGCGAUGCUAUGAAUUAGAUUGAAAUAGUAGUUAUAAAUUCAAUAGCGAUUCAGCUUUUCAUUUUUGGUUUUGAGUGACUUUCAUCACAAUAUGAACUUGGACAUCUGAUGAUGCAACUUGAAAAUAAUGGAAUGUUCAUAGUGUAUGAGCUUUAUUCCAGUAAUAUACAUCUCUGUUUGGGCA